AUGAAUUCCCUGGGUCAAGAGGAGAAAGUGAUGAACAUCAGAAGCCUGGAAAGGGCUGAGAGGGCUGGAAAGCAGGAUGGGGUGGCAGUGAGCCCAGGACAAGAGGAAGGGGUGCAGAACUGUGUCUCCACCCAUGACAGUAACUGGUCAGUGAUUAAGGGCCACGGCCUGAAGCUCCACAGGGUUUCUCCGCUGCUCCUGCAGGACAGGAUUACACACAGCUCCCGCUGGAUAACGCAGGUGUUGGCCUCAGAGCUCAGCCUGCUCGCCUUCAUCCUGCUGGUGGUCAUGGUCUUCUCCAAGAAAUGGCUGUGCUUCGAGAGGAUCCGUUUCUACCAGCACUGGCCCAUGAACGUCACCACCAAAAUCUACACAUCAGUUCACAUAAUGUCCCUGGGGCUCCUGCAUAUCUACAAAUCCAAGAGCUGUUCCAACUCAGAAUGGGAAAGUUUUAAGCUGUGGACAAAUCACCCAGCUUUUGGGGUGGCCAAGAUUACCUUCUGCCUGGCCUUGGGGCUGGGCAUCAUCCUCACCAUCUGGUUGCACCUGCCGUAUAUACCUGGUCUUCAGAAAUUGUCCUUUUUCAGCUGGAUUGGGACUGUCAUGAGCUUCUGUGAAGCUUUCUUCAUUUUCUUCACCCUCAUACUGUUCCCUGUUAAUGUCUGGCUCUUCGAGUUGAGAAAGAAUUUAUCAAUCCCCCUCUGCUGGACCUACUUCACUGGUUGGCUGGUGUUUAUCCUGUAUGUAAUCUGUGCAGUCCUCUGCUACUUCAACCAUGGAAAUUUCUGGUGUCUGGUUCUGAGCCAUCCCGCCAGCAGCAGCAGCAGUUCCAGCUCCGAACAUGAAUCUGUAAGUGAGCCGGUUACCUCCAGCACAACUGUCACCCAGGAGGAAGUCCUGGACCCUGAGCAAAAGAUGGCAUCUCUGGCUCCAAGUCCUGUUUAUUCCUCUAACGCUGCCUCCUCAUCCUUCCCCUCUCCAAACACUGAAGUAGGUUGGUCUUCAUCACUGCAAGGAAUUAGAGAGGGAGGACUUUAGGCCAGCUCUGCACACCUCGUCCUUGUUCCUGCCUUGCCUACAGCUUAGAUGAUGUAGAAUAAAUUGUCUCUUAUUUUUCAUGUCCAGCAGUUGUUGAGACAAGACAAGAGCUUGAAGAAGCAGAGGAAGGGAAGAUGAACAAGUGUGUUUCCCAGUUCUUUCUGCCGAGGGGCCUUUCGGCACACUUUGGUCCUCAAGCCUGCCCAUCUCUCCCCUGAGCAAGCACACUUGUAUGCAGGCAAACACCUCUGGGAGCUAAACUUCUUUCAACUUUGUUACCUCUGCCCUAACAUUUGUUAUUAGUAGCUGGAGAGUCAUCAGGGGAGAGAUAUCACUAUUGAACUUGAUGGUUUACUCACAGUGAAGGGUUCAAAAGCAGAAUGACCCAAGGGUAAAGAAACAGGUUAAACAAGGAGAGCACAAUAGAGGGUAUGGUUGUGCCCCCAGCAGCAAUCCCACCUGUAGUGUCCAGCUCUGAUGACUGAGAACUCAAAAAGCCCUGUGUCUCGGUACCACCAGCAUCAACUCAACCUGU